AGAAUCAGUGAUUGAAGAGAGAGCAGAGCGGCGGUAGCGACGACGGCCAUCUUAGAGCUACCGUGGUAACCGACACUCAUCUCCUGGAUUUUAUUUUUUCUGUUCAGUAUAAACGCUCCAGCCUGACUGACGAGGACCGAAGAAGGCUGUGUUUGACUUCCCCGCGGCUGAACUCAAAGUCAGGAUGCGGUUCCGAGGGAAUAGACAAUUUGCAUCCGCAGUCGGACUGGUCCUCGGACUAUUAUGCGCGGUGGAGGCAGCUAAAGUCAAUAAGCACAAGCCGUGGAUCGAGACGACGUACCAUGGGAUUGUGACGGAGAACGAUGACAAAGUUAUUCUGGACCCCCCUCUAAUUGCGCUGGACAAAGACGCUCCUUUACGCUACGCAGAGAGUUUUGAGGUGACCCUCACCGAAGAAGGUGAGAUUUGCGGCUUCAGAAUCCACGGGCAGAACGUCCCCUUCGAGGCAGUGGUCCUGGACAAGUCCACUGGCGAGGGGGUCAUCAGGGCCAAGGAGAAGCUCGACUGUGAGCUGCAGAAGGAGCACACCUUCACCAUCCAGGCCUACGACUGUGGAGAGGGUCCUGAUGGCGCCAACAUGAAGAAAUCACACAAGGCGACCGUCCACAUCCAGGUGAACGACAUCAACGAGUAUUCCCCAGUGUUCAAGGAGAAGACGUACAAAGCCACCGUGAUCGAGGGGAAGAAAUACGACAACAUCCUGAAGGUGGAGGCGGUGGAUGCCGACUGCUCCUUCCAGUUCAGCCAAAUCUGCAGCUACGAAAUUGUCACGCCCGAUGUUCCCUUCACCAUCGACAAAGACGGCUUUAUUAAGAACACUGAGAAGCUGAGCUACGGCAAAGAGCACAUGUACAAGUUGACCGUGACCGCCUACGACUGCGGGAAGAACCGAGCUUCUGAAGAUGUGUUGGUCAAAAUCAGCAUAAAGCCCACCUGCAGACCCAGCUGGCAAGGCUUCAAUAAGAGGACUGAGUAUGAACCGGGCACCGGUAGCCUGGCUCUUUUCCCCAGCAUGCACCUGGAGACCUGCGAUGUGCCCAUCACCUCCAUCCGGGCCAGUAUUGAACUGGAAACCAACCACAUCGGAAAGGGCUGUGACCGUGACACGUACUCUGAGAAGUCACUGCACAAGCUGUGUGGAGCCAGCUCCGGCACCGUGGAGCUCCUUCCUGCUCCGAGCAGCUCUGCCAACUGGACGGUGGGACUGCCCACUGAUAAUGGACACGAUAGUGACCAGGUGUUUGAGUUCAACGGCACCCAGGCCAUCAAGGUGCCCGAUGGUUUGGUGAACACCAACCUGAAGGAGCCCUUCACCAUCUCUGUGUGGAUGAGGCACGGACCCGGCUCCCACGAAAAGGAGACGAUCCUCUGCAACUCAGACAAAACAGAUAUGAACAGACAUCACUACUCCCUCUACGUUCACAACUGCAGGCUAAUCCUUCUCCUCCGCCAGGAUCCGUCCGAGGCGGAGAACUACAAACCAGCAGAGUUCCACUGGAAACUCGACCAGGUGUGUGACAAAGAGUGGCAUCAUUAUGUGCUCAAUGUGGAGUUCCCCACUGUUUCUCUGUUUGUGGAUGGGACGGCCUUCGAGCCCUUCAUGGUCACAGAGGACUACCCACUGCACCCCUCUAAGAUCGAGACUCAGCUCACAGUUGGCGCCUGCUGGCAAGAAAACUCGGGACAUGACAAUGACACUGAGGCGGGCCCUGAGACCACCUCAGGCGGGAAUGCCCGAAUGGCUCAGUUUUUCCGAGGAAACCUUGCAGGCCUGAUCAUCCGCUCCGGCAAGCUGGAGAACAAGAAGGUGAUCGACUGUUUGUACACCUGCAAAGAAGGCCUGGAUGUGCAGCUGCCUGAGGAAGUAGCUUCAGCGGUGAAGGUUGAUUUUAACCCCAACCAGUCCUCUCUGACAGUGGAAGGCGACGACAUCGGCGCCUUUGACAAAGUCAUGCAGCACAUCUCCUACUUAAACUCCCGCCAGUUCCCAACCCCAGGCAUUAGGCACCUUCGCAUCUCCACCACUGUCAAGUGUUUGAACGAGGACGCCUGCGUGGCAGUGCCAGACGCUGAAGGCUACGUGAUGGUGCUGCAGCCCGAGGAGCCGAAGAUCAGCCUGAGCGGCAUUGACCACUUCGCCCGCAGCGCCGCUGAAUUCGAGAGCCAGGAAGGCGUGACUCUGUUCCCCGAGCUUCGCAUUGUCAGCACCAUCACCCGGGAAAUGGAGGCCGACGCAGAGUCUGAAGCAGCAGAAGGCACUGACGAUGACCCCACAGUUCAAGAGACAGUUGUGUCAGAGGAGAUCAUGCACAAUUUGGACUCGUGUGAAGUGUCUGUGGUGGGAGAUGAGCUGGACGGCGAGCAUGAGAGCCUGGAGGUGGACGUCUCUCAGCUGCAGCAGCGCGCCCUGGAGAUGAGCUCAUCUAACCUGGGGCUCGUCAUAACUGGUGUGAACACUAUGGCCAACUAUGAGCAGGUCCUGCACCUCAUCCGCUACAAGAACUGGCACACCGAAGCGCUCUUUGACAGGAAAUUCAAGCUGGUCUGCUCUGAACUCAACGGUCGCUACAUCAGCAACGACUUCAAGGUUGAGGUUAAUGUGAUCCACACGUCCAAUCCUGUAGAGCACGCCAACAACGCCAUGGUGCAGCCCAACUUCAUCAAUCCUGUCCAUCAUGCCUCUGUCGAUCUGUCUGGUCACAACCUGGUCAACGCUCACCAGGCUUCGGUGGUUCCCAGCGCUGCCACCAUUGUCAUUGUGGUGUGUGUGAGCUUCCUGGUGUUCAUGAUAAUCCUGGGCGUGUUCCGCAUCCGAGCUGCACACCAGCGCUCCAUGAGAGACCAGGAGAGCGGCAAGGAGAACGAGAUGGACUGGGACGACUCGGCCCUCACAAUCACAGUUAACCCCAUGGAGACGUACGAGGACCAACACAGCAGCGAGGAGGAGGAGGAAGAGGAGGAAGAGAGCGAGGACGGGGAGGAGGAAGACGACAUCACAAGCGCUGAGUCAGAGAGCAGCGAGGACGAGGAGGGCGGUGAGCCAGAAGACCAGCAGGGGACCAGCAGACAGCAGCAGCUGGAGUGGGACGACUCCACCCUCACCUACUGAGACACACCAAGCCCCCCACACAUGCUCUGACACACACACACACAUAACCAAGCCACAGUCACCGCUUUACGCACCCCUCCAUGCAGUUUCAUGUCUAGGAGCCAUGAUAUAUAUAUAUAAAAAAAAAAAUUUUUAAAAAUAAAAACGACAACAAAAGAAUAAAGUAUAGAAGAGUCCUUCAGCGUAUAGGGUCAAGGCUUUCCUGUUGUUAUCUUCGUGGUGGUACUCAGUGUAGUGUAGUCAUCACCGGAUUGCUGAUUUUUACUUUAUGUUUUUUAUUUAUUAUACUUUUUAAUUCCCUGGAAAACUUGGCCUACAUUUCUUCUGGAGUGUGUGAGGAAGCCAGCCCUGCACUUUCUGUUCUCAGUCAGGCUUUCGCGCGGAGAUUCUUUUAGAUUUCCCGAUCUAUGUCCUGUGGCUUAACGCUUUUAGGGUCGCUUGCCAUGACUUUGGUUUUCUUGAUUGUAGUCCACAGUGGAGCAGUUUUAUCGAAGUAGCCUGCAAUCUCUCUUUCUCGCUCUCUUUUUUUUUUAUUUUUCUUGUUUUAGUGCAUGAGGAAAACUUGGGAAGUCUUACGUGUAGAGAAAUGAAUUGCUUUUUAAAGGUUUUUUGUAAAUAUAAAAACAAUGUAAUUAGUCAAUGUGUUUAGUGAAAGCCCGCUCAGCAGGGCUCGAUAUCUUAAAAAAAAAAAAAAAAAAAAGAAAAACACGCCGUAUGUAAUGUAGAAUAUUUGUGUCACCGCAGGCUGUAGCAUGUCGCUGAAUUUCUGCUGAAGCUGUUCCACCAUGCUUUUCCCAAAAGUCUGCCUCGUCAUGAGAAACCCAGGACUGUUAACGCGGAGGUUUUCGUGACAAGGUGGUGUCCGUUUUUUGACGUUUUCUUUCGAUCGUUUUUCGCGAGAAGUGAAACCGGUUCCUGUACUUUUCUCGUGAGCAGGAGGAUUUGACAGGUUUUCGCUCCGUUACUAUCGACGACCAAAAGCGCCUCAAUCUGAAAAAUAAAUCAUUUCUCGAACCUUUUUAUGCAAUACUGACUUAAUAAGCAAAAUUUGGAUUGAUAUGUAAAGAGUAAUGUCAAUAAAUUACUGAUUACAGAAUUAAAUGUGUAAAUUAUUGAUUUUAAAUUUCAUAACAUAUUAAAAUCAGACAAGAAUUUUAUAAUUUUAUUUAAUUGUUUCAGAUUUUCUGUCAUCAUGAAAUAACUCACUGUUGUAAAAGAUGCCCUAACAUCUGAUUGGUUGGCCCGUACCAGUUUCAGCCUAACACAAUGAAUCAGAGUCAGAUUUUUUAAAUAUUUUUUUAAAAUUGAACUUCCUGUCAGUUGCUUUUAAACAUCCAACUCAAAGCUAUUUUGUAUCAUAACUGAUGCAUUAGGCGUUUGUGUUUGUUUAUUUGUUCUAUUGCCUUAAAACCAAUUGCCACUGCAGGACUUUGAAAUAUUUCAAUAAAUUCUGAAAUACUUCUUAUUUUUAACAUUGUGAAUUUAGAUAUUAAUCAACCAGCUCCACAGUUAAUUAUGCUUCACAUAACAUUGUAAUAUUUAAAUAAUAACAGCUAAAUCACUUCCUUUGUCUAAUGUUACUGAAACGAUUAAGACAUAUAAAUAUUUAAUGAAUGACUUAUUUAUAAAAUUGUGGUGUUUUUGGCCCAUCGAUGCGUCACGCUUUGCUCCGCGUGCACAGGUGGCAAUGCUCGACUCCUGGCGUUCACCUCAUUUCGUUCCCGGUAGAACUCGUUGUUGUACAGAAGGAAUCUUUUUAUUUUAUUUUUCAGAUCAGCUGCGCUUGUUUCACAACAUUUGGUACUUUUGCAGACGGCAGGAGAGCAAGGCUGCGAGAUUUUGAAACGUGGGUCCCGAACUUCCUGCAAGUGAGGAGUUUGGACCAACAGAGAUUUGCUCUGCACCUCCACCGAGGUUCAGUGGUGGUGGUUGGAUUGUUUUUCAGAGAGAAAAAUGAAUCUUUGCUCCACAGUACGGCUGUUUAAUCCUAAAAUGGUCACAGGUUUAUUCGGUGCAUUUUGAACCUAUUCUCCUGCUCCGACCCACAUCACGGAUUUUGCUCUAUUUCAGCAGGAAAACACUUUAAAAAUGACUUCUUCUUUUUUUUCACAAUAGACCACUAGACUUUAUUGUUCAUGGAACCACACUGGUAGAGUUGUUCCUACAUAUUUGUUUACAUUUGGUAAACUUAAUUUUCCUGCUGGAGUUUAGUAUAAAAGCUCAUACGAUCGAUUGGGAAAAUGCGACCAGCCUGUCUCCUCUCAGACACUGUUGUCCGUCACUGUUGUGUACAUACAUAUAUAUAUAAAUAUAUUUGUCUUACAAAACCAGAAGGUGACGAUCCUUUGCGUGAGGGUACUAAAACCUGCAUUAAUUACUAGCAGAUUUGGGGCAUUGCAUGGCGCAGAAGUGGCGUUUACAAAAAGCAUUGUGGCUGGAUUUUGGUUAUUUUUCCUUUUUCUUUUUUGUUUUGUUUUGCAUGAGUCUGUUUUCAGAGGCCAAAUCUGAUGUUUUUUUUAUGGGGACAGAGCUUUCUUUUAAAGAGUUGUUUUUUUAUUUUUUUUUCUAAUCUCCAGUUAAUUGCUUAACGACCAGUCUCCCUUCCACGACGACACGUAAAGCACGGGGCCAGGUCUGAGCCAGCUGAGGUGGGGAGUGCCUUUUCACCAAUCGUUGCAAAAUUAGCAGGUCUAACAGAAAAAUAAAAAAACAAAACAAAAAAAACCGCAUUUAUCCACUUUUAUUUGUGGCAUUUUUUUUUAUUGUUUCAUGCUAGAUUUCUUACAAAGCUGAGAAGAUGGGUUUUUUCAGCUUGUAGUGACUGUAGUCCACCGCUAGUUUUAUUGAAACUACAAACAUUCUACAUUAGAUGUCAUGUGUCCUUAUUGAUGUGUAGAGAAAGUAGAUCCAUAUUGUAUCUUCUAUAGAUAUUGUACUGAAUCCACCUUUAAAUGAUGUACAGUACAUGAAGAAAUCGCUUUGGCAGCAUAAUGUGGGCGUACUAAUAAAUUUUGCUGUCUGUACAGUGGAAGGUGAUUUUUUUUUUUUCUUUUUUUGAACCGUGUCCCAUCGCCAGAGUUGUUGAGAAGUGAUUCUGAGGGCAGCGUGAAUUUUACGCAAUCGCAGUAAGGCCUGCCAUCUCCAAAACUCGCAUAACUCAUCGUGUCAGACAGUUCAAAGUCCAGUUCAAAAGUCAGUAAUGCUUUAAACACAAGCCUCCGCCAUGACUCCAACCCCCUUAAUCCGAGUCACUUCUUGCCAUAAAACGCAGCCAGGCCGUAGCGCCCCUACUAGGAAUCAACUUUGCAUGAGCCACACGUCUGUGAAUGUCCCGUGUGGGGUUGAGACGGAGAAAGGAGUCUGUGACGCACUACUGAUUCUCGAGAUUGUCUUGUUUCACACAUCCAUCACUCUCCAGACCAGAUUGAUGUUUUUUUAUUUUAUUUUUUUGCUGUUUCUUUUAAAAUGUUGCUCAAAUGGACAAACGGUUGUGAUGUCUGCAUAAAAAUGUUGGAUGCUUCCUUUGUUGUUUGUCGGAGCCGCUCUCACUUUCCUAGCAGCCGGUAGGCGGGUUGUAGCCAAGUCGACGCUCGCUCUUAAACAAAAUAAAGGAUGAACUGAUGGGAUGUAAACA